AUGAUGCUCCCCAUGGUUCCACGCUUCCGUGGACUCAGACGCAGACAGUCGAAUUCCUCUAACGACGAGCCUGAGCCUCAAUUUAAUAUGGGCAACCAAAAUAGCACUGCUGAUGACAACCAUGAGCCGACUAACUCGGAGAUCUUCUACCCCGAACUCUACGAUGUGCUUAAGGUUCGGUAUCUGCUGCGAUGGAAGAUAAUCCCUGAAGGGCUACCCGUUGAGAUUGUGGACCUGAUCGUGGAUGCGGCUGAAUAUUGGCCCUCCAUCGAGGCUACAUUGGACCAAAAAAGAAUUAUCCCCCAGGACAGAGAUCAGGUGUUGGUCAGGACAGCACCACUGUGCUAUGAUGCAAAGACACUGGAAAGUGACUCACCUAAAGUGCUCCCUCACCGGACUAUUCAUCCUUGUCGGAAGAUUGUUUUCUCCAUCGCCUCGCAUGACCAGGGCUUUGCUAACAGCGGGCACGGCACGUUUGACGGAUCCUAUACUUGGUUUGACACCGAAAUUGUUCCCUCCGAGAAUUUGUCAACGUCUGGCAAUUCGUCUAUUCCCGAACGAGAUGCGAACGGGGUCCGGUUUGGGCAUGGUCAUCCUCUUCUCCUGCCCAGCUCCCACAAACUCCAGGCGAAUCGAGCGGCGGUGAGGGGAACCCAGCAUUAUCAUAUUACCUGGCAUCAUCUCGACAACAUCGGCGCCGAUUCAGCGGAAGCGGAGGAAAUCCAACAUAACCAAGGUCGAGGACGAGCCACGCUCAAUGGUAGUCAAGUCCGUAACUUGCAGAUUGGUGAUACAAUCGCCGUCUGGGGUCGAGCACGGUUUGGGGCGUGGUCGAACCAUGUGGAACGAUUGUCGGUGCGGGUAUUUUGGGCUGUGUAA